AUGACUACGAUCCUGAGAAGCAAAAAGUGUCAGCAGGAGGAUCGUGACCAUGAAGAGCUAGAAGAGCUAUUCACUGCUAAUAAUACGCGAAAGUUCUACGAAAGGAUUAACCAAACCCAUAAAGGCUAUGUGCCGCGAGCUGACUUUUGCAAGGAUAUGGAUAGCGAGGUGGCCGACAGGUGGAAGCAGCUUUUCGAUGAACAUCUGAAUGGCGAUGCAAGAAACAAAAGCGGAACUGGAACGGACCUGGGAGUGCCAGCAGUAGAUGACCAGGUAUCAACCCUCGUCCUCCACGAAAUUCAGCGGGAGAUUGGGAGGCUGCAGAACAACAAAGCCACCGGCAAAGACACCCUGCCGGGUGAGUUCUACGAACAUGGUAAAGAAACACUUGCUAGAGCACUGCACUGGGUCAUUUGCAAGAUCUCGGAGGUGGAAAAAUUGCCGAAGGAGUGGAUGAAGGAGUCGUCUGCCUCAUCUAUAAGAAGGGCAACAAGCUGA